AUGGAGCUCAGGUUUCUAAUAGUCUUGGAUGAUAUCUGCACCAAUGAUGACUGGCUCAAAUUUGUGCGUCCCUUUGCAGACGCUGCGAAUGGUAGCAGAGUCACAAUCACUACUCGUGACUCUAAGGUCGCGUCGGAGGUAGAUCCGUGGAGUCAUCCUCUGAAUCUGAUGCAGUUAACAGAAGAGGAUACUUGGGCAUUGUUCUUGAACAAAGCAUUGCCAGAAAAUAGUUCAGAGAAUAAUUUAAACAAUGUCGAGGCUAAAAUUUUGAGUUUAUGUCGCGGUUUGCCUAUGGCAAUUGUCUUGUUGGGAGGCUUGUUAUCGACUGUGGAAUUAAGCGAGUGA